UUGGCAGGAAAAUCGCUCACAUUAGUCGCAUUCGCGGGCGCUCGUGCCAGUGUGAAAUUCUCCGCUGGGCACAGCUGUUCGGUAAUUUUGAGCUGAAAAUUGCGGAAAUUCGAUUAUUGGAAAACGGAGUGUCACAUAGACGAUCACGACAGCGACGCGACGUUCAAUUGAAUUUUGUGUUUGUUAUUGUGAUUGUUGGCAGACGUCAGCCUGUUGCUGUGCUAAUAAAAAAUCUACAUAUUUUUUAAUUGGUGUACAUAGCAUUGGUUGCUUCAACGUUAAGGCUGCUGCUGUCACACAAGGAAGAAGCAUUGCAAGUGGUGAAUUUAGCGUUAAAGUUAACUAAGCGCAACAGAAAGAAGUCUAAAUUAAAUAAGAAAGAAACAUAAAUAAAUAGAACAGGUGUGUCUUGCUAGUGCGCUGAAUGUCAUGAAUGUCUGACUAAGAAAUGUAUGAAGGCGGUGAGCGACGUGCGCACACGAACAAACGAAUAUAUGAGCACACCUGUCAGCAUAUAUAAAUAUCAUUUGAUGAGCGGUGUCGACAAACAGCUGAACAAUUGUGAUUUUCUUUGCUCUCCCCACCCGCCAGACCAGAAAGCGCGCUGCACUCAGCUUAGGUCACUCAUACGCCUCAGCACACGCGAACAUAAUGUCCGAUUUGUUUGUAGAUAUGCAACAGCGGCGCACAGCUGCAGCAUUGGAAACUGCAAAUCAACGAAAAAAUAGACAGUACAAUGACAACAACAACAGCCAUGGCAACACUUCAUAUGGCCGAAACAAUGAAUACACUCGAACACCUGAUACAGCUUAUUCAUCACAACAUUCGACAACGACCACCAAUGCCACCUCUAAUGACGUUUAUGCUGAUGCAGAUGUUGACGAGGAGAUCGCCAAUGUUUUGAGCUUGAAACUGCGCAAACCGAAACAUUGGCGCUGGGAGCUGAGUACAUCACGUUCAUGUUCCAACAUCGCGCUGCCGCGUAUACUGCUCUACGAUCAUAAAGGUCAAUUGUUGGUGGAUGUGGACAGCCAAGAAGAGCAGUGCUAUAGUCAACCACAAACGACUACAUCUCCGAAGCCGGUUAAAGGAGGAAAUAAAGCGCAGCCAGUACGCAAGCGGGUCAGCAAAGCCGCAUCUACUAACUUGGCACAAUCCAUAAAACAAGCUUUGGAACGACAAUUUAGUGGCUUGCAAAUACAAGAGGCGACACCCUCGCCAGUACCUUCUAACAAGAACAGUCUCGAGACUACACCGUCCACGGAACAUGCCUCUACCCUAUCUUCAACGAUUGACUAUUUCACCAAUGAGCUGCCCGAUUACAAAAUACAACGACGCGCCAAUUCCUUGAAAGGUGUACGUUUCAAAGUUAAUGAAAUCUCCGAUGCAAACUCCGAUAUAAAUGGCAACGUUAAGAGUGCACAAAACUCAUUCAAUCUAGCCGAUUUGCCUACGCCGCCUUCCACAACCACGACCCCAACCACGCCGAGUAAUUCUUCAUCGUCUGGUCCACGCGAGAAGCGUCGCUACAGGCGUUCGCAUAGUUCUGGCCGUUCACCGGCAACUUCUGAGUCGAUACUGGAACGUUUUAGUUUCAAUAAGGGACGCUUCUCUUCACCUGAAUACGCCGAGGAACACGAAGUCUAUCACGCACCGCGCUAUUUUCUGCGCACCAGCAAGGCAGGCACUCUGGUAGUGCAAGAGGAGAGCUUCAGUCGCUGUCGUCGGCGACGUAAGCUACGCAACUCAUCCACGGAAAACAUACAGAGCGGUCAAGGAAGUGGCUCGAAGAGCUCACUCAAAAUGUCGGAUAGCGGUGCUCAUGAGCAGCUGAGCGUAAGCGCUGCAGCGCAUACAUGCGGUAGCCUGUUGAAUGUGACGGAGCUAGGGCCACAGGUGGCACGAAGAAAGGUAUUCCCAGUGCGUCGGCAUCGUAGUGACGGUAAUGUGUUGCUACAAAAGCAGCCAAUCAGUUUGGAUGAGCACGAAGAGCGUGAGCGAGCACAAGCGCAAGCGAAAGCGAAAGACUCUGUGAUAGCGCGGCAGCAGCAACGCAAAUAUCGCGCUGAUCGAAGACCGAGCAGAAAAGAAUUGAUUAUCAUUGAUCCGGAAAAGGUUGUACAGCCUGGCGCUGCUACCACGGGUUCAAGGUGAUGGCUGCUAUUUGCACGGGGCCAGUUGAGAUCGUCUACCUCAACACUCUAUACAUACAUACAAAUAGUACAUAGUGCAUAUGAACUUUAGCUUUAAAUUGUGAAUGUCUAUGAAUGUAUGAGAUUUUUUAUUUAUUUAAGUAAGAGCAAGCUAAAAAUGUAAACAUCAUCAACUGUUUGUAUGUAUAAAGAGUAAGCUUUUAAAUUGUGAUUGAAUUAAAUGUGAAGAAAACAUAAA